CCUCCUCCUCUUACACUCCUUGGUGCUUGACACAUUGUCCAACAUGGCUGCGUCCAUGGUGAGGACCUGCCGUUAUGUAUCGCGGCAUGGAUCCUGUAUUCUGCCAAAGCGAGCGAGUCUUUGCCUCUCAUUCGGGUCUAAAUUUCACUGUUCUUCCUCCGCAUAUAACGGACUGCUCCUUUCUCUACACAAACGGGGUGUUCUGAAGGACUCUUUCCCAGAAGACGCAGCGCAGGACCGGCUCCCUCGGCUGCUUCAGUCCGGUGCUCAGACUGUAUACUGCGGCUUUGACCCCACGGCCGAUAGCCUCCAUGUGGGCAACCUGCUCGCUAUCAUCGGCCUGCUGCACUUCCGAGGCGCCGGGCACCAUGUCCUCGCUGUGCUCGGAGAAGCCACGGCACAGAUCGGAGAUCCGAGCGGGAAAACGAGCGAAAGGGAGCCGAUGUCCUCGGACACUGUGCAAGCGAACGCCAAAAGCAUCCGGGAGGACAUCCAGAGGAUUUUCACCAACCACGAACUGCACUUUCAUGACAGCGCCAGGAAGCUGGGCACUGUGACCGUCCUGAACAACCUGAGCUGGUACAAGGACCGGGGCGUGGUUGGGUUUCUGGCGGAGGCCGGAAGGCACUUCAGGAUGGGCACCAUGCUCAGCCGCCACAGCGUGCAGUCCAGGCUGAAGAGCGCGGAGGGCAUGAGCCUGACUGAGUUCACCUACCAGGUGUUCCAAGCUUAUGACUUCCAUCACCUGAACCAAGUAUACGGCUGCAAGAUUCAGCUCGGAGGCACCGACCAGCUGGGCAAUUUGAUGUCUGGCCAUGACUACAUUCACAAAGUGAGCGGUGAGGAGGUGUACGGUCUGACCAUCCCACUGGUGAAGAGCUCUGUGGGGGACAAGCUGGGGAAGACGGCAGGCAACGCUGUGUGGCUCAAAAGAAACAAGACAUCUCCCUUUGAACUCUACCAGUUCUUUCUCAGACAGCCGGACUCCAGCGUGGAAGAGUACCUGAAGCUGUUCACCUUCCUGCCUCUGGCGGAGGUGGAGAGAGUGAUGGAGCAGCAGAGAGAGGAUCCAGGUAAACGCCUCGCACAUAAACGACUGGCAGCAGAGGUGACGAAACUGGUGCAUGGAAAGGAGGGCUUCGAGAGUGCAAAGAGAUGUACCAACGCGCUGUACCACAGCAGCGUGCAGGCCUUGGAGGAAAUGAGUGACGAGGAGCUUCAGGAACUCUUUAGGGAGGCUCCCUUCCAUGAGUUGCUGUUGGAGCCGGGUACCACUGUUUUAGAUGCUUGUCGUCAAGUCAACGCAAUUCCAGAAGGACCCAGAGGGUAUCAAAUGAUUUCGGCGGGAGCUGUGUGGAUCAACCACAGGCAGAUGGAAAAACCAGAGCUGGUGCUGAUCCCCAAACUCCAUAUCCUAUCAAAUGGACUUACCUUACUCAGAGUGGGCAAGAAGAACUUUUACAUCAUCAAAUGGCUCAGCCUCUGAGGCUGUCUGCUCUCACAAGGGACCAGUUUGACGUAUAAUGAAGUGACUGGGAAGGUAGGCGACUACACGUCUGCAGGAUCAGUGAGGAGAUGUUGAUUGACUGAUAUUUUCCCACAUUUUGGGGUUUUGCCAUGGUCUUAACCCUACGGGGUCGCCGGUGGUUGUCAUAUAAAUAUGUAUAUGUACAGAUGUGACAUUAAUGUAAAGCUAUGGUAUUAAAAAGCGUUUGAUAUAAUGA